AUGACUGCGGGUUCUGUCUCAGCGCCGUCUAUAAUUCCGUUAAGACCUGUCGAACGGGGAAAAGGAAAGUUUUCGAUCGAUACAAAUACUCAGAUAGAAAUCAGAAGUGAUACAAAUGAUGCUGAUAUUUAUUAUACAUUGGACACAAAUAAACCUGACCCAUUUUCUACCAUCUCGAUACGGCGUUCGACAAUUCAUUAUCGAAAACCAUUUCGUCUACCAGAUGGAAAACAAAUAGUAAAAGCUAUCGCUGUUUCAAAUGAUGGUAAAAGAGAAUCAGCUGUAGUUACCAAAACAUUCGACGUGUCAUUAAUAGAUUCUGAUCAUUCACCAACAAGUGAAAAUGAAAAUAAAUUUUUAUAUGAAAUUCAACAAGAACGAAAGGAAUUAAUCAAACGGAUUUAUGACGAAAACCAACAAAUGCAGCAAAGCUUAUCCGAAUCAAACAUGAAUAGAUCAUCACAGCAUGAUCAUUCUUGGCAUGACUAUCCUAAUAAUUCAAUGGAAGAUACGCCACCUAGAGUACGAUAUAAUCAUCCCAAUGCACAAUCUCAAGCAGGAAGAUUGCAAAAACAAACAGACUUUUUAAGAUGUGCGCAUUGCUUUGCACCACGUAGCACGGAUCUUAAUUCACGUUUUUGUACCGAGUGUGGCUUACCAUGGAAUACUCUCACCCCUUUACAGCCACGUUUAUCGAAGCCCGAUUCACAUUCAGCAAAAAUUUUAUGUCCGAGCUGUAAGGCUACAAAUCCAGUAAAUUUAAGAACAUGUAUUAUCUGUGAAGGCAAGCUUAUGCCAACAACGUCACCACUUGUCGAAGCAUCUGUGUCUGUACCAAUUGCUCCAAAAGUAUCUGGUCAAAUGAUGACCUGUUCAAAAUGUUUUCGAUUGAAUAAUAUUGAUGCACGAUUUUGUGAUUGGUGCGGUGCAAAACCGGAAAAAGGAGAUAUUCCAUUACAAUGUACAAAAUGUCGUGCUGAAAAUGAUCCAUACGCAAAAUUUUGUACAACAUGUGGUUGCGUUUUGGAACCUCCGCUACGUGUUAUCGAUGGAAGAUUAAGAAAUGAUUUAAAUCUCCCGUCUGGAAUGAUUGCAGGCACUCUUACUUUUCAACAAGCGAAUCCAACUUGGUUGAAUGCUAAUGCGACAUUCAGUCGUUACCGUCAGCCGUAUUUAAUAACGAAAACCGAAGCAGCAACACAAACAUUUGGUUUAUAUUAUCCAUCGACAGGAGAACUAGAUCAAAUCAUUAAUCAAAAUAAACAAUUGCAAGCAGAUAGAGAAUUCAAAGAAAGACGUCCAAUACUGACAGCAAUCUCACCGGGCAAAGGAUACUGGCGUCAACAAAUGGAUCAUAUUUGUGCACAUUUGAAGACCCAUGCGGUGAACAAACCUGAAUUUCGUUCGACGAUUGGUGAACCCCGAUUAGGAAAGAUGGUUGAUGCAAAUGUACAUGAAAAUGAAUACCAAGUGACAUUAGAAGCCGUCUUUCGUAAGCCUGAACACCUUGCCCAGUCCCGAUUUUAUUUUGAUGAUAGCCAUAAUCAGAGUCAUACAAUUAAUACUGGACGAAGUAGUGCAAGAAGUUCGACAUUUUCAAGCGCGUUUAAUUCAGAUGAUGAACAAACAAAGCGACGCAGAAGAAGUAAAGUAAAAAGACGGGUAAAAUCGAGAUCAAAAUCGGCUGGUGCAGUUGGAACGGGAAAUAACGUGAAUCGUUCCUUAUUAAAAUUACUGUCAACUACUAAGCAUAAUAAAUCUCUUGAUAUGGUUGACGAAUUGAAACAGUUGUUGAAAGAAAAGGCUGAUGCAAAUCAGCGUGAUAAAGAUGGUUAUACAUUGUUGCAAUUGGCUGUUAAAAAUCGAUAUAAUGAGUGUUUGAUACCAUUGAUUAAAGAGGGGCAUGCAAAACUCGAUGCACGUGGACCAUAUGGAGGUGAAACAACGUGGACAAAUGAUAAAAAAGAGAAUAUUUUUGAUUUAGCUCUGAAAUUAAAUUGUCAAGAACUUAUAAAAGUAAUUAAAUCUCAUUGUGGACAACAAAUAAUUGAUCGUCAAAUGAAAACAGACAACAAAUACUAUGAUGAUCAUCCACCAAAUGGUCAUCGUUCAUCUUAG